AAAUUUCCUUUUUUCUUAGCCUAUGUGGGCAAUUUUUGCAUAUCAAAGAAAGUCAUCAUCACUAUUAUAAGUCAUAUCAAUAUGCGUUUUAAUGCAUUCUUCAAGGUUAUCCUUUCAACGUAAGAGCUAAUUACCUAGCAAGUGCUCUUCUAUGUCCCCUCCCAAGUGAGUGAGAAACAGUUCCUCUUUAAAUUUCACGAUGGUAAAACUUGUAAAGAGCUGCCUGCGAUUAUCCCUCAAGAUCACAAACAUAACAAUAGGAUUUAUGGGCAUUGCUAUGGUUCUUUAUGGUAUAUGGAUGAUUAGAGUUUGGCAGCGCGAUGCUGCCAACUCACCAUCUUCCCCUGAUUAUGCUCAGUUUCCUUGGUUCAUCCAUGCAUUUCUUGGUAUUGGCAUUGCUUUGUGUGCAAUCACUUGCCUUGGUCAUGUUGCUGCAAACUCUGCCAACUCCUAUUGCCUCUCAUUUUAUAUGUUCAUCAUAUUUGUGCUUCUUUUAGCAGAGAUUGCAAUUACAGCUGAUGUUUUCUUGAACUCUGACUGGGAAAAGGAUUUACCAGAAGAUCCAUCAGGAAGGUUUGAUGAUUUCAAGGAUUUUGUGAACUCGAAUAGCGAUGUCUGCCAAUGGAUUACCCUGCUUUGUGUUCUAACACAGGGGUGUUGUAUUUUAUUGGCUACAAUUCUAAGAACUCUUGGGCAAGUUAAGGAAAAUAAUCAUGAGUAUGAAGGUGAAUAUGCAGAACCAUCAGCUCCACUUCUUCGCCCUCCAGAAAUGCCAUCAAAUCCACUGUAUCCAUAUGUUUUUGGUGAACCACAUCCUAUCUACAAGAUUGUUUGAGUUUUGGAAGACAAAAGUUUUUGCAUAAGCUAAAGUGAAUGAAGUCCUCCUUUAUGGAAAGAAGAAGGUUGUUGAGGCAGCAUUAAGUAGCACAACUCAAAUAUUGAACUUGAAGUUUGGAGAUUGGGGCUAAGGAGAAUUGAUUAUGCUAUGUAAGCUUGUCCAAUUGCUUAAGAAUGAAUUUUAUCAGACACACAAUAGAUCAUACUGUAUAUUUACUAGUAGUAUCGUUUUGCAACUUUUAUGUUUUGAGUGGUAUUGGUUCGUUUAUCACAAUGAAUUAUAUUUGUUCGAUAUGUUAUUUUCCAAUGUAUAUCUUGAAUAUUGAACGAAGAAAAGAAAGGAAAAUGAAGAGUGAACCAUUCAGAUUGA